AUGGCGCCGGACGCAGCAUUUUCCAAUAUAAAUGACAAGAAUGAAUUCACAAAGUUCGCCAAAUUCCUUGCAUACAAAGGAGUUCAGGUUAUUGUAGAAUCGAGAAAGGGAGUUAAAAUAGAACCUAACAGUAAGCCACAUUCAUCAGAUUCGGAUUGGUUUAAUCUUCAAAUACCGGAUUCUCCAGAAGUUAACCAAGCCACAAAAAAUGCGUUACCCUCAGAUAGAAUCCUCGAAACUAUUCGAUCACAACUUCACGUAGAAAUCUCUGUACAGACAGACGAUGGUGACGAGAUGGUCCUCGAGUUAUGGACCUUAGAACUUGACGAUUCACAAUUUGAUACGUCACUAAAGGCUAUGAACACUGUGUACUUUAGAAUGGGUAUACUGCUAAAAUCCUUGAUAACAAUUACAAGAAUAACGCCAGCAUAUCAUUUGUCCAGAAAGCAGCGUACAGAAUCAUUUACUAUAUUCUACAGAGUAUAUAAUGGAGAACCUAAAAUGAAAGCUCUUGGAGAUUCUGUAAAGAAAAUCCAAGCUGGCAUAUUGAAAACUCCAUUGGGUGGACUCUGUUUCACAGUUUCUUACAGAACUAAUUUCUCCAUAUCUCCAAAUCGUUCUCAAACAUAUAAAACUUUACUACUCAAGAGUGAUCAUUUUGAACUCAGCCCUAAACAUGUAAUUUUCGAAUCCAAAAAGAAAAAGGAAAGAGAUCCUCGACCAGUUUCGCCAGUAGAUUUGAACAAGCCACUUCGAUUAGCGGCAUUUGUGGAUGAAAUCGUUGUUCAGAAAGUCAUAAAAGAAUUUCUUGAAAAUAUGCCCAUUCCAAUUUGCAGAGCACCCCCAAGACCAAAAACGCCUGAAGAAAAAGUUACAGAUUGCAAAAGUACCCAGGAUUUAGAUAUGAAUGUCAUGUCAAAAAGUCCUACAUCUUUGGAGAUGCCGCCGAAAAAGUUUCCUGGGUUUCGCAGCGAAAAUGAACCACCAUUAAAACUGUUACACUUUCCGUUUGCUGAUAAUCAUCCAAUACGUGAAUUAGCCGAGUUUUAUAAAGAUUUCUUUAAUGCUCCACAUUUGAAGCUGGCAGAUGAAAUACCCGAAACUAAAACUGAAAAUCAAAACGUGGAUACGGCUAAUGACGACCUUUCCAAAGAUCUUGCUAUACACGAAAGCUCACUUGUUGAAUUCGAAGAGUUGCUCGCCGAUAUGUGUCGAUCAGCCGAGUGGAGUGGAAACUAAAGGGAUCAAGGGAUUAGUAUGGUGUUGGAAGACUGAAAUGUUAUUUGUUUUAAUAAAUAUUUAUUAAUUCAGUUCUAGUAUUAAAUAUGCGUAUUGCUUGAUUUUUUACACUUUAAAUAGAAAUAAUUAUAGUAUAUAAUUAUAUUAUAAUUUCCGUUAUGAGGAGUACCUGACUAUUAAACUAAAAAAAUCACUUGUGAUCUGUGUCAUAAGAGAAGGGAGACUGGUUCGUUGUAAAAUUUGUGACAACGGAGAGUUGUGACAAGCUAAACUUAAAAUGAAAAGGUUGUAUCAAGUUGACAAAGUCAGGCUUACUACUAAAUCCAGCAAAGCUAAUUGUACAAGCCAAACUGACUUCCUGAGGUAGAAUUAUACUUAAAUGUGUUUGUCCAAAUAGAAAUAUAGUUUAGUAUGUUUAACAACUUACACGCCAAAAGCAAAAUAUUCUUUAUGCUGUUCAAACGCAUUCCUUUGAUUUAAAAUUUUAUUAUUGAAGGUAAUAUAAUAUUCCCUACUAACUGGUAAAACUAUUGAUAAUGUAUUUAUUGUUAAACUAGCGGACCCCGUCAAGCUUCGCUUUGACUUAUGUGCACUUCUUCUCUAUUCCUACCCUACCCCUUCCCUACCCCUACAAUACCCUACCCCUGAAAUCAUCUUCCAUUGUUUUUAAGAUGUAUUCUGCUAUUCGGGGCGGAGACAAAUCCAACGAAUCAAAAUCCAUGAAAAUCGGUCCAGCAAGGACUUUCUUUUAUAUAUGUAUAAUGUAUAUAGAUAUAGAUGAUUAACUUUCUCAUAACAAAACAGCUGAUUCUAAAAGUGGGGUCUCUAGAAAAUUCAGGUUAUUUACUGACUAGGGCUGGAACCGGAAAUCUUAAAAACAAAGCAAUUGAAAUGGCGUGUUCUAGGUUCUCCUAAUUUUAUAGUCCAGUGUCACCAACAGAUGUAAUGAGUUUUUCAGAUGUUAUCGAUUAAACGACUCGACCUAGUUGAAAGUUAUUAUACCUACGAGUACCUAUAUACUAAAUCCAUACUCGAUGUGGAAUGUUUAUUAACAAACAAACUUAUGUACUUACUUAAUACCUACUCAUUGAUUUUUUUAUACAAUGUUAUUCAAAAGAUAAACCAUAUCAAAUUGUUCUAAGCUCAUCAGAAUUGUCAUUAAUUUAAGAACUGGUUUAAUCAAUUUAGGUUUAAAACUAAAAGGACUAGUGAUUUAUACCCCCAUUUUUUUCUAAUUUAUAUGUUGAUGUAUUUGAUAAACAUUCCACAUCGUGUUUGGAUUUAGUAUACUCGUAGUCGUUUACAGGAAUUACGCGUCAAUUUUAUUUUUAUUACGUUUUUUCUAUUUUUAAUUUCUCUUAAAUUUUGAAGCUGUCUACAUCAUUUGUGCCGCGACUAGAUCAAUCACGUAAACGUACUUAUAGACACCAUUUCUAUUGCCUUGUUUUAUAAUACCGAUAGGACAUUUCAAGAAUCUGAUUCUCGUUGUAGGUUGUUAUCCACAUUGCUUUGACCUUCCCUUGUGCGAUAAUAUAAUACCUACUGAACUUUGUUGUUUUAGUCAAGUCUUUUUCUGUAUUUUGUGAAUUGCUGUUUAAAGUUUAUUUUGUAAAUAAAGGAUUAAGAUUCUUUUGCAAAUAUUAACUAUGAAUGUAAGGACCUACCUACCUAUACUUGAAUGAAAUUAAACUUUUAUGAAAGAAAA